AUGGCUGCAGGUCGCAGUAUCAACGGAGAUGUGUUCACUGAAACUUCAGAUGGUGGGAAGGGAAACCCUGCCGUCCAAAAAAUCCUGGCCAAAGAGUCUGCAACAGGAUGUCGUCAUACAGCAGACAUUGUUGAUAAAGGAAUCGAGAGGUUCCCCAGUCUGCUGAGCUCUCCUGUUAAAUUUGGCACAUUCCAACAUCAUGUUGGAUCUCAGGCUCUUGUGUCUCUGGAGCUUCUCAGUUGGGAAGUACCAGGCUUAGUCUUGUCCAAAGAUGAUGCCUCAUCAGUUGAUGCUGAUGAUGUCAUCACGAAAGAGGAGCAGAUUUAUCUGUUGUUUGAAGCAAAGAGAAAUUGUGAAAAGAAUCUGAAAACAAGACCAACUCAGGUAGCAGGUGUCAGUUGCAGACCGGAGUGGGAUGGUAUUGUGUGCUGGCCUGUGGGGAGCCCCAAUAAAAGCAUCUCAGUCCCCUGUCCGGAAUACGUUUAUGAUUUUAACCACAGAGGACACGCCUAUCGGAAAUGCAAUGUACACGGGGACUGGGAGUUGGUCCCCAGCAUUAACAAAACCUGGGCAAACUACACCGAAUGCACCAAGUUCCUGAUGCCUGACCACUGGCACCAAAAGGAAGUGUUUGACCGUCUACACCUGAUAUACACUGUCGGGUACUCCAUUUCGCUGAUCUCUCUCUUAGGCGCUGUCUCUAUACUCAUCUACUUCAAGCGCCUGCAUUGUACCAGGAAUUACAUUCAUAUGCACCUCUUCACUUCCUUUGUGUGCCGAGCUAUCAGUAUCUUUGUCAAGGACGCUGUGGUCUAUUCAGACACUGGGAUGGAUGGGCUGGAGUUCAGAGUUGACGAUUUAAUGGGUGAUGUAACAGCUCUCCCUAAGGACAAGCACCAAUUUGCCGGCUGUAAGGUGGCAGUGACAAUAUUCCUGUACUUUCUGGCUACUAAUCACUACUGGAUCCUAGUGGAGGGCCUUUACCUGCACAGUCUGAUCUUCAUGGCUUUCUUAUCGGACAAGAAAUAUCUCUGGGCGUUAACUCUGAUUGGCUGGGGAGUUCCAGCUGUGGUGGUGUCUGUGUGGGGAAGUGCCAGAGCAUCGCUAGCUGAUACACACUGUUGGGACCUAAGUGCUGGAAACUUGAAGUGGAUUUACCAGGUUCCCAUUCUCAGUGCCAUUGUGCUUAAUUUCUUCCUUUUCAUAAACAUUGUCCGGGUUUUAGCAUCAAAAUUGUGGGAGACAAAUGCAGGAAAACUGGACCCACGACAACAAUACAGAAAACUGCUGAAGUCCACACUUGUACUCAUGCCGCUCUUUGGGGUCCAUUAUGUGAUUUUCAUGGCAAUGCCAUAUUCUGAUGUGUCGGGGAUCCUUUGGCAGAUCCAAAUGCAUUAUGAGAUGCUCUUCAACUCCUCUCAGGGCUUUUUUGUUGCUUUUAUUUACUGUUUCUGCAAUGGAGAGGUCCAGUCAGAGAUAAAGAAGUCCUGGUUCAGGAGGAAUCUAACUCUGAACUUUAAUCAGAAGCUGCGACCUGGCAGCAGCUGUCCCUAUGGAACAGUGACCUCUCACACCACCAAUAGCAUCAGCAUGACCAUGGCCACCAGAGGAGCAUCCACACUGCACACUAACACCAAGCACUCUGUACUGCCACUGCACUCCUUCUCCAACCUUCCUGUCUACAUCACAAGCACAUUCCAGUCAGACAACUCCCUGCCCUCUCCAACCCUGGAGAGCAUCAAGAAGAAGAUAGAGAGCAAGGACCAUUUUGCAAAUCAGGAGCAGCAGAAACCCAAAGCCCCUCUGCACAACCAAUGGGAAACUGUGCUAUAA